GGAGGAGGAGGAGGAGGAAGGAGGAGCCGCCACCGCCGCCGCUCCCCCCCGGGCCGGCGCCGGGGAUGGUGUUGGCCGCGGAAGCCGGGCCCUGACGCCGCGCUCAGGUGGGAAGCAGCAGUAAUGCUAACGCUGGCAAGCAAGCUGAAGCGGGAUGAUGGUGUCAGAGGCCCCCGUGCGUCCAACCCAGCGUCUGACUCCACUCGCAGGGUGUCUGUCCGGGACAAGCUACUCGUUAAAGAGGUUGCAGACCUUGAAGCUAAUUUACCUUGUACAUGUAAAGUGAAUUUUCCUGACCCAAACAAGCUCCAUUACUUUCAACUAACUGUAACCCCAGAUGAGGGCUAUUACCAAGGGGGAAAGUUUCAGUUUGAAACUGAAGUUCCUGAUGCCUACAAUAUGGUGCCUCCAAAGGUAAAAUGUUUGACAAGAAUCUGGCACCCAAACAUUACAGAGACAGGAGAAAUCUGCCUAAGUUUAUUGAGAGAACACUCAAUUGAUGGCACUGGCUGGGCCCCAACUAGAACCUUAAAGGAUAUUGUCUGGGGGUUAAACUCCUUAUUUACUGAUCUUUUGAAUUUUGACGAUCCUUUGAAUAUUGAGGCUGCAGAGCAUCAUUUGCGUGACAAGGACGACUUUCGGAAUAAAGUUGAAGAUUACAUUAAGCGCUACGCGAGAUGAUGAAGGGAGAUGGAUGGCAGCAGCACAGCUCCGCUCCAGGGUUAUCCUUAACUUCAACAGCAGCCAAACCAGCCCGGAUUGUACCAGUCCUGUGUCCAUGUUGUACUGAAGAAGAAAACUAACUUCAUAACCUGUUCAUGUUCAAAGGAGAGUUCAGCAUAAAUACAGCGAGAAAUUGUGUCUGUUGGUUGAAAAAGUUGUCUGCUUCCUUUUACAAAUGUUUACUCUUCUGAACUGUACUGUAUAUCCUGUUGAUGAGAUAUGCUUGAGAAGUUAAAAGAAAUCACUAUUGAAAUUGUAAUUACACUUUUUUUUUUUUUUAAACUCUUGCCUAAUCUGGAGGGGGGAAGGAAAAAAAGAAAAACAAACCCAAAAAAGCCAAGCAGAAAAGGUGGCGUGUUUUUGGAACACUUUGAGUUGGCAAUAAAUGGUCUCCUGUGAACCAAAUCACAAAA